UCAGCUUCUCUCUCGGAACCCCCAGCCACUGGCCCCACCGGCGCGAUGGGCUCGGAGGUGGCGCAGCUGCUGGAAGCCGCCGACUUCGCGGCUCACAAGCACCGGAGGCAGCGGCGGAUGGACCCCGAAGGGACCCCAUACAUCAACCACCCCAUCGGGGUGGCUCGGAUCCUGACCCACGAGGCGGGGAUCACUGACAUUGCGGUGUUACAGGCCGCCCUGCUCCAUGACACGGUGGAGGACACGGACACCACCCUGGACGAGCUGGAGCUGCGCUUCGGGGCGCGGGUGCGGCGGCUGGUGGAGGAGGUGACGGACGACAAGACGCUGCCCAAGCCCGAGAGGAAGCGGCUGCAGGUGGAGCACGCCCCCCACAGCAGCCCCGGGGCCAAGCUGGUGAAGCUGGCGGACAAGCUGUACAACCUGAGGGACUUGAACCGCUGCACCCCGACGGGCUGGUCGGAGCACCGGGUCCAGGAAUACUUCGAGUGGGCGGCACAGGUGGUGAAGGGGCUUCAGGGCACGAACCCGCAGCUGGAAGAGGCGCUGAAGCAGCUGUUCAGGGAGCGGGGGCUGGCCCUGUGAGCGCAGCCCGCAGCCCGCAGCCCGCAGCCCGGAGCCCGGAGCCCGGAGCCGGCAUCGCAGAUUCCAGCCUCAUUGGACUCAUUCUCCAGCCUUUGGGCGCCUUCUCGAGCCCAGCGGCCCCAAAAACAUUUGCCCUUUCUCACCCUGAGGGUUCUCCUGCCAAGUAAACUGAGCCUGGAUGGUGGGGGUCGGCCGCACCCCGUCCACGUCGGAUGCAUCCACUGCCCUGCAGGCCUUGGGUCUGUUGGCCAUUUCUGCAGAAGUGGGACCUCUGGUCCCCCCGGGGAACUUGGGCUUAGAUGGACGCUCGUUUCAAAGUCGUUUUUGGAAAAUAAAGCAUUUCCGGUCAAGUCUGA